AUGUUCAGUGUGGCAUUGGAUGAUGUUCGUGUUUUGGAACACGCUACUAUUAAGGUGCCUUAUGAAACCUUAAAUAAACGUUAUCGUCAUGCACAAAAACAAAUUGAUCGUGAUUCCGCUCAAUUGCUUGCAUCUGUUGCUGAAUUGGAUCGAUCAUCACAAUCUGCAACUACACUUGAUUCACUUAAACGAGUACUUGAACGAGCUAUUACACUAAAACGAAAAGCUCGUGAGUUACGUGAUGAUGAAAUUGAAUGUUUACAAGCUGUUAAACGACGUGUUGAUCAUCUAAAAGAAUAUGAUAAAAGUUCAUUAUCAAAAAUGGAAAUGUGGCGACGACAACGAUAUGAACGUAUUCUUGUUGAUUUUCUUUUCCGAACACGAUGUUUUGAAACUGCUCAAGCACUUGCUAAAGCAACAGGAAUUGAGCAUUUGGUUAAUUCCGAAAUUUAUUUGGCUGGCCGUGAAAUUGAAGAAUCAUUAAUACGUCGUGAUGUAUCAAAAUGUUUAGCUUGGUUUAAUGAAAAUAAAACAAAAUUAAAAAAGAAUGGCAGUACACUUGAUUUUUGUAUACAUCUACAAGAAUUUAUUGAACUUGUUCGUAAUAAUCGUCGUUCUGAAGCAAUCGUACAUGCACGAAAAUAUUUAAAUGGUUCUAUACCAGAACAACAUGUUAAUGAAUUUCAAUCUGCUAUGGGUUUACUUGUUUUAUCACAACAAUCAAAGAAAGAACUAAAUAAUGAUUAUCAAACAUUACUUGAUGAAAAUCGAUGGACUAAAUUAAUUGAACAAUUUCGUCUUGAUAUGUUUAAAUUAAAUCAAAUGGGACAACAAAGUAAAUUUACUGCUGUUUUACAAAGUGGUUUAUCAGCUUUAAAAACACCAACAUGUUUUGAUAAAGUUUCAUCUGUAAAAAAUCCAAAUUGUCCUGUAUGUAAUGUUCAUUUAAAAACAAUUGCUAAAGUUUUACCAUAUGCUCAUUGUUCUGUAUCAAAAUUAAUUUGUGCACAAUCACGCGAACCAAUCAAUGAAAGUAAUCCACCAUUAAUGUUACCAAAUGGUUAUGUUUAUGGUUCAAAAACUCUUCAAGCAAUGGCUGCUAUUAAUAAUGGCAAAGUUAUAUGUCCACGUACGAAAGAAACAUAUGAUUUGACGCAAGCAGAAAAGUUCAAACAACGUGGUUAUACAGAUCCAGAAUUAGAUCGUCGAACAGCUACAACAACUGGUCAAAUGCUCUAUCAAAUUAUUGAUCCUCGACCAACACCCGUUGUUUUAUCAGAUAAUGUACCGCCUACACCACCACCUUCUUCACAAAUUGCUGCUUUGCGACGACGAGAAGUAUAUAAUAAUCAUUUAUCAGAACAUGAUAAUAGAAAUAUUAUACAAAAUUAUGGAGAAUAUUUUGGACGAGGUUUUGGUAAACGUUUAAUACCUCAAUCUGCAAGAUCUCAUAAUGAUUGGAUUCUUUCGCAUGAUCCAUUUCCCGUUCAUCCAGAUCGAAGUGUAACACGACGUGAUUAUCGUGGUUUGCCUGCAUUUAAUGAUCAACAAUUAUCUUCAUCAAUGUUAACACCAACUCAUCAAAAGUCAAGUGGUAAUUGGAUGACAAGUUGUUAUGAUGAUUGGGAACGAAAUACAGAACGGGCAUCGAGUCGAUUAAUUUAUCGUGAUGAUUCUAAACGAAUGUCGAUUUAUCCAUGGCACUAUUAA